GAAGUCACCUUACCAUAGAAGCCCCUCUUUCGAACUAUACAUCCUAUAAGUAGUCUUGGAAAACUGAACUAAGCACUCUAGAUGUGAGGCCACAUUAGCUGCUGCAAUUAUCAGCUGAGCUCUCUAUAGAGAGGAACCAUGAUUGGAUUGGAAGAUGUAUACAAGGUGCUCACAGCCAUGGUGCCUCUCUACGUAGCCCUGAUGCUCGGGUACGGCUCCGUGAGGUGGUGGCGCAUGUUCACGUCCGAGCAGUGCGACGGCAUAAACCGCAUGGUCUGCUACUUCAUCAUCCCUCUUUUCGGCUUCGAGUUCACGGCCGCGCACGCCAAUCUGUUCGAGAUGAAUUACUCCGUCAUAGCGGCAGAUGUCAUCUCGAAGUCCCUCGCUGUCCUGAUGCUUGCCUUGUGUGCCAAGUGCAGCAGCAAAGUGGACUAUAGCUGGUGCAUCACCACCUUUUCCUUGCUCACUUUGACUAAUCUCCUAGUUGUCGGGUUACCACUACUGAGAGCAAUGUAUGGUCAAGUGGGUGUGGAUCUUCUUGUUCAAUUAAUGGUUGUGCAGGCCAUUCUGUGGUUUCCACUUCUGUUGUGUUUUCUCGAGUUCCGGAAGAUGGAGAUGGACUUUUCUCCAACGAGCGCGACGACUGAUGAAUCGGUGCCGAGCGAGAAAGAUAUGGAGGGAACGGCCGAGGCUGUGAGGACCAAUAACACAAGACCAAGAUUGUGGACCGCCAUGAAAAUUGUGGGUCUGAAACUGGCUUUUAAUCCUAACAUCUACGCUUGCGUCCUCGGCGUUGCUUGGGCAGUAAUAGCACACAGGUUCAAAGUGAAAAUGCCAGGCAUCGUCAAAGAAUCCAUACAGAUUCUAUCAAGAGCUGGGUUAGGAACUGCUAUGUUCAACAUUGGUAUAUUCAUCGCAAUGCAGAGAAAGGUGAUAGCUUGUGGCAUGAAAAUGGCAUGUUUGGGAAUGGUCUUGAGGUUUAUUGCUGGACCAGCUCUAAUGACUGUGAGUUCCCUUGUCAUGGGACUGCGCGGCGAUGUUCUCAGAAUCGCUAUCAUGCAGGCGGCACUGCCACAGGCGAUUACAACUUUCAUCUUCGCGAAAGAGUACGGCUUACAUGCGAGCGUUCUCAGCACCGCGGUGGUGUUUGGCACAUUGGCAUCCCUUCCACUGCUGAUAGCCUAUUAUGCUGCUUUAGAGGUUAUAUAAAAGCUGACCAACGUCCAAAUAUUAGGGAAGAAGCAUUUGAAGAGACGAAAUGGAGGAUCAAUGCAAGAGCAAUGAGAAAAUUUGUGGCGAUUAACUCGUGAAUUAUGAAACGUCACAAAUUCCUUAAUGGUGAUUUUUAUGCCCAAA